AUGAAUAAUAAUGAAGAUAAGAAAUAAAUAGAAAGACUAGGAACAGCCAGCACAAUGUGUUAAACCUUUUAAUAAUCUCAAUUUUAACAACAAUAUUAAAAACGUGUUGAUUUCACUCAAGUAAAUCUUUUCCCCAAAAAUAUCAAAAAUGAUUUGAAUCACAAGUAAAAUACUCGAUACUCUCGACAAGAAUAUGGGAAUGAAUCUGAAGAUCAAAAAUAAGAUUUACUAUAAACAUAACACAAACAAUAAUAAUACAUUAUUCAGCAACAGAAUUCGUAAUCAAAACAAAAAAAAAUAUAAAUAAAGCAAUAAAAUGAAUCAUAAAACCUUAUUGAAGAUAGGUAAGAAGAAUUUAAUAGUGUGUAUGAUGAUGAAAAUUUAGAAUCCCCUAUUCCAAUAUAAAAAAAAGGCAAAGGAGAACAUCUUUAUGUCAAUUGGUACAAUAUAUUUGAAUUUUAGUUAGAUGUAGGCUUUAAGUGAAAUUUUAGUUAAAUAUCAUAUAUAAGAGAUAAAUCAGCCAUAUUUAAAAAAAAAAACAUCAGCAAAAUGUUGUUGUUUCACAAUUACAACCAAAUAAUCACUUUAUUAAAGUUAAAAACAAAUUAUUAUAACAGAAGGAAGAAAAAAUUAUGAUGAGAAUGAUAUUAAUCAUUGUAAUCUUCUAUAUUCAAUUCUCUAUUAAAUGUAUCAAUUAGAGAAACUAUCUAAGAAAAAGUCAAAGGAAAUUGAAGCUAAAUAAACAACAGUCUUUUAGUUAAUUUAUACAUUAUCUUGUAUAACAUUAUUUAAGGAUGAUUUAUUAUAAUUUACAAAAAAUGAUAAGGAUAAAGUUAUAGGAAACCUCUUUAUUAUAUCAAAAUAUAUAUUUGACAUCCUUUUAAAUGGAAUUUUAGAUCCAAUUUUCAAAUAAUCAGACAGUAAUGGUGAAACACUUCAUAAUACUUUGACUGCAAUUCAUAUGGGUAUGUUUCUUAUGGUUUGUUUGGAUAAUUUAAAUUAAGAAUAAGAAAUAAUAUAAAAUUUGCAAAAUAAAAAUAUAAAAUCACUCAUAGAUCUUUGGAAACAAAAAAAAUAUUAAAAUAACUGA